AUGUCUGCAGCUUCAGGUUUUAACCCUCAUCUUCCCGGGUUCAGAUACCAGUUCCUUGCAAAAGCACUUGGAGCCACUAUGUGGUUCUUCAUUUUAUAUCGUGCUCGUGAGGACGGACCUAAGCUUCUUGGCCUCCGGCAUCCAUGGGAGGGCCACGGUCAUGGCCACCACGAUGAGCACUCAGAGCAUCAUUGA